UGAAUCCCCUUUAUUUAUAUAUUGGUAGCUUCGAACCCACUCCAGAACUACCCAUUUAAUCUUUCUCUUUCAUUCAUCAAAACCUUUAAUUCUUUAUUAAUUACAAACCCUUUUCUGGGUUUGCUCGCCUCAGUUCAUGUGUUCAUCCAUGGAGCUUUAAGAAUAUAAGAACACUCUGUUCUGUAUAUAAUAUCAACAAUCUGCUUCUUUUACACUACAAGAACGAUUAAACUUGAUCAUGGAAAAGACAGCUGGGUUCUCUUUUUGUGGGUUUAUGAGAUGGAUUUUCCAGCCACGAUGCAAGUGGUUUAAGAAAUCCUCUGUUCAUUCAUUACCCACAAAUACCUCUGAAAAUUGCUCUGUUUCUGAUGAUGCCAAGACGCCAUUGGAACAAGAUCGAAGAACCCACCAAAAACCCACUUUGGAUCAACCAAGACCUUCGAUUUCUCACCAGAAGAAUCAAAGUCGGAGGCCUUCCGAUGCUGCAAGAAUCUCGUUAAGUAAUGGGUCAGUUUUGGGUAAUUUGAAGCCAAUUGGAUCGACAAACAACAGUCCAAGGAAUCGACAAGAGAUGAAUUCAAGUCCAAAACUUAGAGGAAAUGGCAACAUGGGGAACAUUAUGAGGGGAAAUUCAUGUGCAUUUCGACAUGUUCAAGGCGUUAGAUUAAAGCCGGAUGAGUUGAAAUCCAUGGGAAAUGAAGCUUACAAACAGGGGAAAUUCGAAGAAGCAUUAGCUUUGUAUGACAGAGCAAUAGCUUUAGAUUCAGAGAAUCCUGUUUAUUAUAGCAACAAAGGAGCUUCUUUGAUUGCCUUGCACCGUUUCAUGGAAGCCAUUGAAGAAUGCAAGAAGGCAUUAAGGAUUCAGCCAUCAUAUCAAAGAGCCCAUCAUCGUUUAGCCACUACCUAUCUCAGAAUUGGGGAGCCUGAGAAAGCAUUGGCUCACUUGGAACAAUCAGGCCCUUACAGUGACAUAAACGACAUGAACAGAGCCUGUGUUCUUCAGAGCUGUUUGAGUAAGUGUAUUGAAGCAAGGAAGCUACAAGAAUGGGACACUCUGUUAAAAGAGACCAAAUGGGCAAUUUCCUCUGUUUCAGAUUCAGCUUAUAAGCUCUACGCUUUGCAAGCUGAGGCCUUGUUGAAGCUCCAUAGAUAUCAAGAGGCUUAUGCCAUUUACCAAAAGGGUCAAACCCUCGAACCAAAUUUGCUAACCAAGUCAUUUAGUGUAGCUGAUAGUGCACUUAUUUUAUCCAUUGAGGCACAAGUUUACACGACAAUGGGCAGGUUUGAGGAAGCUAUGGCAGCAGCAGAACGAUCAACAAGGCUUGAUCCAACUAAUAUGGAAGCAAACAGAGUUGCAAAAUGGGCUAAACUUGUUUCAUCAGCUAGAUUGAGAGGCAAUCUUCUCUUCAAGGAAUCAAGAUUUCCAGAAGCCUGUACUGCAUACAGUGAAGGAUUAGAACACGACCCGUAUAACUCGAUUUUGCUAUGCAACCGAGCAGCAUGUCGAUUGAAGCUGGGGCGGUACGAGAAAGCUGUUGAAGAUUGCACUGCAGCUCUUAUGACACAGCCAUGCUACAGCAAAGCCAGACACCGCAGAGCUGAUUGCAAUGCAAAAAUGGAGAGAUGGGAGGCUUCAAUUCAAGAUUACGAGGUGUUGAUAAGAGAGAGACCAGGAAAUGAGGAAGUGGGGAGGGCUCUGUUUGAGGCGCAGCUCCAACUCAGGAAGCAACAUGGGGAGGACAUCAAAGACUUGAAAUUUGGGUGUAAUUUGGUGUGUAUUUCAAGUUAUGAGCGUUUUAGGCACUUUGUUACCUCUCCUGGGAUGUCGGUGGUUCUGUUUUGCAACAAAAGCUACCAGAAAGAGGGGCUUGAAGUGUUUGAGUCGGUUUACGAGCGGUUUCCGUGGCUAAACUUCCUAAAGGUGGAGGUAGAAGACCAUCCUUAUUUGGUGAAGUUGGAGGAGGUGAGGUCCAUUCCAGCUUUCAAGAUAUACAGAAAUGGGAGAAUAGUGAAGGAGAUUCCAGGCUCUAAACCCCAUUCAUUAGAGAGUUUAGUGAAGUUGUACAGCAGUUGAAUUUGGAGCACAAGCUUAGAGAAACAGAGAAAAACAGAGGAAAACAGAGAAAAACAGAG